AUGUCCACGACAUCCCCACUCGGGGCGCUCGUAUUCCUGGCCUGGCCGGUUAAAAAGGAAUACACGAAGAAAGGACGAGCUGCCAUUAAGCGGCUUGAUAUGACGAACACUGAGAAUAUUAUAAGAUAUUUGCGAACGGAAUACGAAUCCGACCCGAAUGGCAAGGACGGCCAGUUUGAUGAGGAAUCGGACAUGACAGACGAGUCGGAUGAGGAAUCGGACGUGACGGACGACUCUGAUGAGGAAUCGGACGUGAUUGAUGAGUCUAUCGAGGAUCAAGAUGCGAUGUAUGAGUCCAGCGAGUAUCAGGACGCGGUGAAAAAGUCCGGAGAGAAACAUGAUGCGACGAAUGAGUCUCGCAUGCGGGUGAUUGCGAAGAUUCAUAUACACAAGUACCCGGAUUCUACAUCCCCAAGAGAGAUGCGGGUUGAGUGUCGUUCUCAAAGGUUCCCGGUAUUCGCAAUGCCUCGCAUCGCUGAGUGGGAUGAUGCGGGUGUCAAAAUAAAGCAAGUGGAGAGGUGUCAAUGCAAAAGGAAGGCGAUCAAGCUUCCUGUUGAUAAUAAACCUAAAUCCACUGGUUGA